AUGUCCGGCUCACGUAAAUGGCGUGGUGCACUUGCAUGUGUCCUUUGGGCAAGUGUGGUUGGAUGCUUUUUGACAACAGGGACAACAAGAAAUCCACCGCGUUCAGUGAAGCUACGUGGUCUACCUCCUGGUGUUGACGCGGGCAAAACAAACAGUUUUUGGGUCGCGGUGCAAAACGCCGCCAGUAGGAGCAAGACUGAUGCCCAGACCUAUGUGGAGAGCAUUGUUGCGCUUGCAGACAGUCACAUGAAGUCCAGCAAAGUUGUUGACAGAGACGCUGCAAUACAGAAUUUGAUACGGUCAAUGGAAAAGACAGGAUUGCUGACCUUGGUCUUGGGGGGCAAGAAUUUGGGAAAAACAUUUCUCAAAAAAGCUGCGCUGCAAAGGUGUUGCUCCAACGUGGUGGUCCUUUCAGAGGACAUGAGAAACAACCCGGGAGCAAGUUUGCUGGAUGUGUUGCUACAAGUUGCUAACAGGACCUUGGAGAAGAUGACCACUGAAGAAGAGUUCAAACCAUUAAUUCCUACACUUUCGGCGAUUUUGUCUGCAGCUGCGGUGGCUUUUGAAGGCUUCGCUCCUGCAGCGGCUCCCAUCUCCAAUUAUGUAAGGGAUGUAGUUAAUGUAGUUAGUAUGGCUGCAGGUAAAAGGGAAAAGGCACUGGAUGAAUUUCUACAGAUGGUGUGCAAAACAUCCAAAAAACCUGCAAUUGUGGUCGACGAGGCAGACCUUGCACUACCCGGGUUGACAAAUGGACAGGAUGGUGGGGAGAGGCGCGAAGCCAAGUCAGCUUUGGCCGCGAUAACAAAAUGGACAAAGCAAGACAUGCUGUCGAGCGUUGUCCUCAUCUCCUCAGAGUUUGGGUAUCCCUUCCGCCUGCAAGCUGCAGGGUUGGACUUCAGGGACAUAGGCAAAGUCAUUGUCAUCGGCGAAGUGCCAAAGUCAGACAUGCUCAAGAUGCUGAAGGAUGAUUGGGGCAUGGACAAAGACUUGGCAGAGAUGUUCUAUGAGUACUUUGGCAGGGACAUUUUCACCACCAAGCAGGCUUUGGAGAGCCUCAAAGAGGAGAAGGAUAACUUCGACCCCUUUGCAGUUGUUGUACCUCCCGGGCUGCCUUCCUGUGUGAAAAAUGCAGCGGCGAGGGCUCACCUCGAGAACAUCGCCAGGGAAGGCUUCUCUUUGGUGGAGGAUGUGAAGGUGGACGAAGGUGCUAAAAUGAUUGCGGAGGAGAACCUGGGCGGGGUCAUCAAGAAGGGUGCCGUCACAUUCGGUUUACCCACCAUCUUCACCGGCACAGACGAGGAAUGGGCUGUCAUCCCAUCGUCCUAUCACAUGAAGCUGCUGAUUGCCCGUAAGCGGCACUGGGACUGCACCACCAGCUGUUUGGGUGAGACAAAUCCGCAAGGACUGCAGAGAAGUGCAAUGACCGUUUGA